AUGAGACGCUCUAUUCAACGUGCUAGAAGAGGAUGGCUCGUCCUACCCCUCGGCAGACACCCCGCCCGCUUCCAACCUACGCCCUCCUUCCUGCAGUCCCCGAACAAUAAUCAAUCAGCAAAACCACAAAACACCGGCCCGAACGAUGGAGACAAGCAAGAGAGAAGCAAGUUCGCCCGAAGCGUGCUCGAAGGUAGCACGGUAGCUCUGAUAUCGCUCUUUGGUCUGGGCCUUGGCGGCUAUGCCUACAGUUUGUUCUACAAGAGAACGGUUGCGAAGAAGAUCGAGAAUGCCUUCGCGACCGGAUACAGCUCGCAAGAGCGCGUUGCGCUGGGUCGCAUCUCAUACGGCACCGAGCCAGACAAGAUACAAGAGAUUGUAGAAAGAGAAUACUGGGUUCCGCGAGCGGAGCAGGAGGAUAUCGACAACGUCGUCAGCGGAAGGGCCAGAGGGAGAUACUAUUUGGUCAUCGGCGAGCGAGGCACUGGCAAGCGAGCACUACUUCUGGAGGCUAUGCGAAAGGUCAACGGCGAUGGCAUUGCUAUGCUGGAAGCGCAUAACGAUCUAGAAGUCUUUCGAACGCGACUCGGCAAGGCCAUCGACUACGAAUUCCACGAAGACUACAUCGGAGGACUGUUCAGCAUUCGGGGCCCGAGGGAUAGCUCGCCGCUACUGGACAUUGAGAGAGCGCUCAACCAGAUGGAGAAGGUAGCCUUGUCGCUGCGAAAGCGUCGCGGCAAGCCUCUUCUCAUGAUCAUCAACAACAUCCAUCUGUUCAAAGACGACGAAGCGGGAAAGCAUCUACUGGAGAUCUUGCAGCAGCGCGCCGAGAUUUGGGCUGGCAACGAGCUCGUCACGACCGUCUUUACCUCCGACGAAUUCUGGACUCUGGAACGCCUGACACCACACGCGACCAACAUGCACGUCAUCAGCGUCAGAGACGUCCGGAAGAACGUGGUAACCACCGCACUCAAGCAAUACCGCGCUCGCUACCACAAUGAAGACGUACCCCAAAGCAUCCUCGACGAAGUCUUCGCCAAAGUCGGCGGCCGACUAAUCUUCUUAAACCAAGUCGCCAAAUCCCACGACAUGCUAGAAACAUGCAAGCAGAUCAACCGAAGAGAGAAAAUGUGGUUCCUAAACAACUGCUGGAUCCUCGGCGACUCCAUGGACGACGACGUGGAAGAACAGCAAAAGUACUGCGCCGCCGCCAUCGUCCUAGCACGCGCGCUGGUCCUCCGCGAGCAAGAAACAUCUGAUCCAGACCAAUUCACACUUCCCCAGAUUCCGCUACACGAGGCCCGUCAGAUCAUCACGCGCGCCGACUUUGUGCACCCGUUUGAUCACAUCAACGUUAUUCAUAUCGAUGCGCAUGGUAUGGUAAGAGCGGAUUCUGUACCGAUGCAGAAUGCGUUUAGGGAGGUUGUACAACAACCUGGCUUCGAGGAGCAUUUGAAGGCGACGCUGAAUCGAUUGGAUGAGUUGGAGAGUUUGGCGAGGACGAGAGAGGUUGCGAUGAGGGAUCCGCCGGAUCGGAGUGGGGGGAUUGUGCCGGUGCAGACGUAUUGCGCGAAACUUUGA